CCAGGCUCGACCAGGCGUCCACGUUCUAUAACGUGACAACCAAGAACCAAACACCUGUUUCAUGCGCCACCACCAUGGGGAGACCCUCUUUUCCCAUGACUCUGCUUCGCACUUCUGCAGGUGCGCAGAUCUCCAUUCAGGCAUGAAGGCAGCCUUCUCCACCUUUUCUUCUGCCAGCAGCUAAGAGGAACAAAAUAAAACUCGGAGCCAAUUCAUGGCUGCAAGGGUAAAGGAUGUGGCAGCUGCAAGGAAAGGCGACGCAGCUUCUGCUAGUGCCUCUAGCCCUUCGGGCAAGGCCAGGAGCAAUCCAGAGCCCACAUCACAAAGUGGUACUGUUGAUUCGGAGCUGGUGGAUCCUAUCACAGGGAAGCCUCUCCCUCACUACCUGAGGCCCACCAUCAGCUCUUGCCAUGAUAUCUGCAAGUAUGGCAAGAGGCGAGCCGCCGCGGAGCGACGGGAGCAAGAGAAAACUAUACGGCGCUUACCGAGCAUAAAGUCAGUAUCAACAUCGCCAUCUUCAAAACCAUCAGCUGCUGCCCACAGAAGAAGCUCUUCGACGUCGACGAGCCCAAAGGACAGUACCGGCAAGGCUGUGGCAACUCCCUUCACUAGGACUGUGUCCUUCGGCAGAACUACGACCCCCAGAACCUCGCGACCGCGAGAGAGGCAGCCAAUUUCCGCCAUCUCCAUUGUUACCACCAAUGUCACUGCCACCACCACAACCACCAAGAAGCAGGAAACAGCAAAGCCGAACAAGAAUGCCAAUUCUUCUUCUUCUGACAGUACUGUUGCUAACACGGUGACCAAGGUCUCUGAAUCAUCAAGAGAUCAUGAGGUGGAGAAAAUUGAAGAGAAGACCAUGAUACUAGAGGAAUGCGAUGGCUCACAAGAGGAGAAGCUAGAGCACGCGGUACCUUUGGAAGCCCUUGGCAGCAUUCCGUCUAGUGAAGAGGAAAGCACCCCCGCCGCCGUUAUCACCAUCACCACCGCCGACGACGCUACCUUCAUAAUUUCUCCUUCCAUGGACGAACCCGAGACUGCAGAACAAAAGGUGGCAAUGCCCACAGAGGAGCAAACAGAGGAGCCAGAAAUCUGCACCAUCGGCAUUCUAACUCCCCAGCUGUCCGUACAAGAAGGGCUCCCCGGCAUAGACGAGUUGCAGGAUGAAGAUGUCGGAGAAUCUGCAAUAAACAACCAAGUAGAUGAUGAUGCAGAUGCAGAAGAAAAUGCAGCUGGUGCUAAGAACGUCGACGACGUUGGAGAAAUCCAGGGAGAGGAAAAAGAAGAAAAUGUAGAAGAUCAGAAAGACGGUGAAGAGGAGAAAGAGAAGAAACAAGAGGAAGAAGAAAUAGAAGAGAAGGAAGAGAAUGACUCCUCUUAUGAUGAAUAUUCUGACAAUCUUGACAGUGAGAACGACGACGAUAGUGAGGAAGAAGGAGAAGAAGAACUGAAAGAUGGAAAACAAGCAACCAAAAGAGAGAAGACACCCAGAGGACAGGGAGAAGAAGGGCAAGAGGACACACCAAAGAAGCUCAGAUUCCGUCGAGGAACCGUCCUAUCGCGGGGAGCCGAAGAAUGCGAGGACAAGCCAAAGAAGUUGCGAUUCCGGCGGGGGCGAGUCAUCGACGAGGAAGAUAGUAAGGCACAUAGCAGGAGAAGGAGGUUUAAACAAAGAGGAGAGGCAAUGGACAUGGAUGGUGCUGCCAACGUUACAACAGCAGGAUCAGGGAAGGCGGUGCUAAAGGCCAACGGAGGUCAGGAGAAGAAAGAUGGUGCAGUGGUGUUCAAUCAGGUGAUUGAGGAGACAGCCAGCAAGCUGGUUGAGUCCAGAAAGAGCAAGGUAAGGGCCCUAGUUGGUGCAUUUGAGACUGUUAUCUCCAUACAUGAGACCGAUGCUCAGAACAGCCAGGGCCAUGCCCAUGCUCAUCCUGCUGCUUCUGCCAAGGAAGAGGAAAUCUCCCAUGGUCAGUAACAAAAAUUGCUAAAAAAAAUUAUCUGUUCAAAAAGGGGAAAAAAAAAAAAGAACGAAAUCGGGCUUUCAAAGAAAUGGCGUUAUAAUAAUGUUAAAUGGAAGUCCUGACGCCCAAUUUCCAUUCAUGUGCACAUAGAGGCUACAGAAGGUUUGAG